UAUAGUGAACAAGAAAGUAUCAUAGAAGAAAGAGGAUGAAUACUACGAUGAGAGCUGCCGUUAUAGUAGUGAUGAUAGUGGCGGCGUAUUCUGUGAGCGUUUCCGGUAAAGAUGAUCAUAUUGAUACAAAGUUUUGCGGUUGUGGUCCGUCCAAGGAUCAGAGUAACUUCCCUGCUCGCCUUGACGCUGUUCUUGACGAUGUGGUGAAAACUACGGCUUCUGAGCGCGAAGACGCAGUCUCCGGCGACAUCACCUACACAGCAACGGACCCGGCGAAGGGCUGCAGCGGCGCCGCGGCGGCAACCGGCACUUGUUUCGGCGACGCCUUCCUUGACUGCUCAGCAUGUCUGUCUAGAGCGCGGGGUUUUUUGAAGCCAUGCGGAGCCUUUGCUUGCGGCGGAAUUCGGUUUGAUGGCAAGUGCCGCCUUCAGUUCCGCCAAAUCAAAUGAUCCCUUGAUCAUUACAAAUUCCAACUUCCAAGUUCAGGCCGGCGGGAACCCAACUACGUACUGUCUUAAUUGUCUGUGUUCUUUCUUAAAUAUAUGUCAUUUUGGUGGGUUUAAUGUUUAAACUCUAUCGUCACACUCACUCAAUCAAAUUUGUGUUGAUUAAAUUUCCUUUUCGUUA